UGGGGACCGCCCGUCUUCUUCUUUCCUCGUCUCCUUGAUUGUUCAUUGAUCUCGCUUCUUCGCACCUCCAAAUCUCUCGCCUCGCUCUUCCAAUCGAAGCGACCGUGUGUGAAAUCGCCUUAUGCUGCAAGGAUCAGGCUGAGAAAUCCUUUCUUGAUGCGCUCAAUUGUUGAUGGUCAAUUGCCCCAGUUUAUAAAAGCUGGGAGAAAUCUUCUUAUAAAUGGAACUAACUUGUAGUUUCGGGGGAUUUAUUUGCUCUAACAUUUUCUUGGUUGUAGUGCUGGGAGAGCUGUUGCACACUGGUCUUGUUUGACAUUUGUUAAUUAUGGAUUGCUUUUCAUCGUGGUUGCUCUAAGUAUGCGGCACAUGUUCUGGGCGAUAUAUAGUCACUCAUCUCAUGACAAGAAGGGCUCUUUUGGUUGCAUAGGAAAUCCUUUCGAAGUUCAGUGAUUUAUUCUUGUUUGUCAGUGAAGAAAAAAAAAUGGAGAAGUACAAGUUCAUAAAUGAGAUUGGAGAUGGAACUUGUGGGAAUGUUUAUAAAGCACUCAACAUUGAGAACAAUGAAAUAGUUGCUAUCAAGAAAAUGAAAAGAAAGUUCUACUUUUGGGAGGAGUGCAUGGAUCUAUGUGAAGCUAAGUCUCUUCGUAAGUUGAACCACCCCAACAUUGUCAAAUUGAAGGAGAUUGUUAGACAAAAUCAUGAGCUUUUCUUCAUUUUUGAACAUAUGGAGUAUAAUUUGUAUAAAGUGAUGAGAGAUAGGCAAAAUCCUUUUACUGAGGCAGAGAUACGGAACUUCAUGUCACAAGUACUGCAAGGACUUGCUUACAUGCACAAGAAUGGAUAUUUCCAUCGUGAUCUGAAACCUGAGAACCUUUUGGUGACUCAUGAUGUAAUAAAAAUAGCCGAUUUUGGACUAGCAAGGGAAGUAACAUCGCAGCCUCCUUAUACUGAUUAUGUUUCUACGAGAUGGUACCGUGCUCCAGAGGUCUUAUUGAAGUCUUCGUCAUACACCCCUGCAAUUGAUAUGUGGGCUGUUGGCGCAAUUCUAGCCGAGCUUUUCAUGCUAUCUCCUCUUUUCCCGGGUGAAAGUGAGAUAGAUCAAAUAUACAGGAUAUGUACCAUUCUUGGAACUCCAGAUAGCAGUAUUUGGCCAGAUGGCAUUCUUCUCCCGCAUUCUACAUAUUUUAAUGUUUUUCAGUUUCCACCUGCUGAUAUCUGGGAGAUUAUGCCAAAUGCUAGCUUGGAAGCGAUUGACUUAAUCCUGCAACUAUGCUCCUGGGACCCACAAAGAAGGCCAACUGCCGAGCAAUCCUUGCAGCAUCCUUUUUUUCAUGUAGGCACAUGGGUUCCAUGUCCUCUCCAAGAUCCCUUUCAACCAAAGAUUAAACAAGCUGGACAAAUGCCAAAGCUUGAACUAAAGUUAUGGGAUUUUAACACGGAAUCAGAUGAUUGCUUUCUUGGUUUAACAUUGGCAGUUCAACCUAGUAUUCCUGAGAGCGAUUCUGGGAAACAUGCCUUGCUACAACCAAGAGAGGACUUCUUGUUUUACAAAGGAUUCCAUGACCAGUCUAGCCAAUCAGUUUUUUGGCCCCUGCUGUCAACGGACCGCAACAUCAAUGAGUUGACAAACAUAUCUUUGUUACCAUCUUCGUACCUACUGAGCAGCCAAGCUCCAUUAUCAACUAUUGGCGUUGAACAGUCGCCUGGGUUCACAUUCCCAUCGAUGCAACCGAAUUUGCUUGACCAUGGUGCAUUUGGACCGAUGAUGCCACAUGUUCGCUCAUUCAAGUAAACCCAGUUUUGGGAUUUGUUUUACUCUUUGUUGAUCCUUACAAUUACACAAGAUUAACUUUGAAGCAGUCGAUUAAGUGGCUGAAUAGAUCUGGAAAGUGUUAAUUCUAGUUCUGUUUAUUAUAAAGUGCUUUACAGAAUAAGAGAUUCUCUUGUACAUAUCAGUGAGUAUAAUAGAACAUUGACAAUUUGUUGGUAAAUGAUAUGAUUCAUGGAUUGAACACUA